UUUUUCCCUUUUCUCUCAAUUUUCCGUUCAGUCAUGCCGGAACCCCACUUGAACGGAGCUUAUUACGGCCCAUCAAUUCCACCGCCGUCAAAAACCUACCACCGUCCUGGCCACGGCGGAGGCGGAGGAGGGUGCUGUUGCAACCCAUUCACCUGUUGUUGUAGCUGUAUUUUCAACUGCAUCUGCACUUGCAUCUUCCAAAUCCUCUGUACUCUCUUAGUCAUCAUCGCCGUCGUCGGAUUCAUCUGCUGGCUCGUUCUCCGUCCAAACAAGGUAAAUUUCCACAUCUCCGAUGCUUCAUUAACCCAAUUCGAUUUCUCAACUAGAAACAACACUCUGUACUACGAUCUCCAUCUCAACAUCUCAAUUCGAAACCCUAAUAAACGAAUUGGGAUUUACUACGAUUCAAUUGAAGCUAGGGCUAUGUAUCACGGCCAGAAUUUCUCGAUUGUGAAACCCGACCCGUUUUAUCAGGGUCACAAAAACACAACCGAUUUGAAUCUAGUGUUUACGGGUCAGGAUUCGGUUCAAUUAGGAUCCGAAUACAAUGUGGAGAAGGAUUCUGGGGUUUAUCAAAUUGGAUUAAGGCUUUAUAUGAGGAUUAGGUUUAAAUUUGGUUGGAUUAAGACUAAGAAGAUUAAGCCAAUGAUUAUGUGUGAUUUAAAAGUUCCUUUCAAGGGCAAUGGUACUUUUGAGAGGACUCAAUGUAAUCUUGAUUGGUGAUUUUUUUGGUUUUAUUAUUUCUUAAUUUUUGUUGGAUUAUUGGGAGAUUA